AUGGAUGUAGGUGCAGCUGUGAAGAGCAAACAUCCAGGAGCAAGUGAGCAAGGACCAGACGGUUACGAUGGUCCCGACGGAAUUCCUGGAAAAGAUGGUCUUAAUGCCGAAGACGUUAUGAAUGAAGGCUCGCAAGGUUGCUUCAUGUGCCCUCAAAGACUUCCUAGUCCACAAGGACCAUCUGGACCUCCAGGAAUUCGUGGAAUGCGUAGAGCCAGAGGGUAG